UGAUUAUUAUUUAUUUAUUAUUUAUUGAGUCCGAAGAAAAACACACAGGUGUGAAAAGGUGAUGGUUUUUGGAGCUUCUGCAACUUCUUGCUUUUUAAGAGGCACCUAAUUCCGAAUAUCUUAGCCUAACCACCACCACCACCACCACCACCUCCGCCACCCCCACUACCACCUUCACUUUCGUUCUCUCAUUCUCCGAUAACUGUGAAAAUCCUUAUCGGAAUCCCGCAUUCGGUGGUUUCGCCACCAGCUACUCGCAUUUUUUCCCGGGUCUUUGUACUGUGCAAUGGAACGACGCUGGCCGUGGAAGAAAAAAUCAUCUGACAAGGCUGUGCUUGAGAAAGCAGCUGCUGAAUUGGACUCUGCUAGUGCUUCAGCUCAGGGAAAUCAGAAGCCGAGCUACGUCCAAAUCUCUGUGGAGUCAUAUUCACAUCUGACUGGUCUGGAGGAUCAAGUGAAAGCAUAUGAAGAAAAAGUUCAGACACUGGAGGAUGAGAUAAAGGAAUUAAAUGAAAAACUGUCAGCCGCAAAUUCCGAGAUAAAUACCAAGGAAAGCUUGGUAAAACAACAUGCUAAAGUAGCUGAAGAGGCUGUCUCAGGCUGGGAAAAGGCGGAAGCAGAAGCUCUGGCGUUGAAGAACCAUCUAGAAUCUGUCACUCUUUCAAAACUCACUGCUGAGGACCAAGCAUCACAGUUAGAUGGUGCUCUUAAAGAGUGCAUGCGACAGAUAAGAAACCUGAAGGAAGAACAUGAACAGAAAAUACAGGAAGUUGCUCUCACAAAGACCAAGCAAUUGGACAAGAUUAAGGGUGAGUAUGAGGCUAAGAUAGUGAACUUUGAACAGGAACUUCUCAGGUCUGCUGCUGAGAAUGCAGCUCUGUCAAGGUCUUUGCAAGAGCGCUCUAACAUGCUAAUCAAAUUAAGUGAAGAAAAAGCUCAUGCUGAGGCUGAAAUUGAGCUUCUUAAGGGCAACAUAGAAUCAUGUGAAAGAGAAAUCAAUUCACUAAAAUAUGAGCUUCAUGUUAUUUCCAAAGAGCUUGAGAUUCGUAAUGAGGAAAAGAACAUGAGUAUGAGAUCUGCAGAAGCUGCUAACAAGCAGCAUAUGGAGGGUGUUAAAAAAAUUGCUAAAUUGGAGGCAGAGUGCCAAAGAUUACGUGGCCUAGUACGGAAAAAGCUACCUGGUCCUGCUGCACUUGCACAAAUGAAGCUAGAAGUUGAAAAUCUUGGCCGAGAUUAUGGAGAAACUCGAUUAAGGAAGUCUCCUGUGAAACCUGCUGGUUCUCAUCUGUCUUCAUUGCCUGAGUUCACCCUAGAAAAUUUGCAGAAAUUCCAGAAAGAUAAUGAAUUUCUUACGGAGCGUUUGUUGGCAAUGGAAGAAGAAACAAAGAUGUUGAAAGAAGCUUUGGCAAAACGUAACAGUGAAUUGCAGGCUUCGAGGAGCAUGUGUGCUAAAACACUGAGCAAACUUCAAAUUUUGGAAGCACAGGUUCAGACAAGUAAUCAGCAGAAGGGAUCGCCGAAGUCCAUCAUCAAUAUAAACCACGAAAGCAUUUACAGUCAAAAUGCAAGCUAUGCACCAAGCUUGAUCUCCAUGUCUGAAGAUGGAAAUGAUGAUGCCAGAAGUUGUGCCGAGUCUUGGUCUACAGCAAUAGUUUCUGAGCUAUUCCAAUACCCUAAAGAAAAGAACGCUGAGGAAUUGAGCAAAUCUGAUGCCACUAAGAAGUUGGAACUAAUGGAUGACUUUUUGGAGGUGGAGAAGUUGGCUCGAUUGUCAAAUGAUUCCAAUGAAGUUUCAGUUACCUCAAACAAUACAACAAAUGAAAUUGUGACCAAUGAUGUAUCAGAACUGAAUCCUGGCAAAGAUGAUCCCUCUAACUCUGAAAAGAAUAGUGAUACAAAUCCAUUGCCAAGUCAGGUGUCUUCUGCUGCAGAAUUUUCAGCACCUGAUUCGCAGUCUGAUAUUAGUGGCUUAUCAUUAGCAGAGCUCCGAUCAAGGAUAUUAUCAGUUUUUGAGUCCAUGGCAAAGGAUGCUAAUAUAGGAAAGAUCCUGGAGGAUAUUAAACAUGUUCUGGAGGAUGUGUGUGACACUUCCAUCCAGGACUCUGCGUCAUCCAUUCCCCAUGAUGUCAAGCCUUUGGAUACUAUAAGUGAUAACAAGGGUAAUGCUGAAGAUGCUGGCUUAAAUGCAGAAAAAGAACUUUUUUCAUCCCAGCAACCUACAGAAUAUGUGCAGAUGACUUCAGAUUUAGAAGCUGCAAUUUCUCAGAUUCAUGACUUUGUAUUGUUCCUAGGCAAAGAAGCAAUGGCAGCUCAUGAUAUAUCUUCUGAUGGAGAUGGAAUAAACCAAAAGAUGAAGGAGUUCUCUGUCACCUUUAAUAAGGUUAUAGGCAAUAAAGCAAGUUUGCUACAGUUUGUUCUUGACCUGUCUUAUGUUCUUGCUAAAGCAAAUGAAUUCAGAUUUAAUAUCCUUGGUUAUAAGAGUAUGGAAGCUGAAACUAACUGUUCUGAUUGCAUAGAUAAGAUUGCUUUGCCCGAAAAUAAGUUAGUUCAAGACAAUUCAUCAGGAGUGAGAUAUCAAAAUGGCCAUUCCCAUAUUCUUAAUCACUGUUCUGAUCCCGAGGUUCCUGAUGAUGGAACUUUGGCCUCAGACUAUGAAUCAAAUGCCACAUCACAAAAGUUCUCAAUGGAGGACUUUGAAGAAUUGAAAUUAGAGAAAGAGAAGGCAGUAGCAGAUCUGUCAAAAUGUGCUGAAAAUCUUGAAAUCACAAAGUCUCAGUUACUAGAGAUUGAGCAACAUCUAGCUGAAGUUAAAUCACAAUUAGCUUCUGCUGAAAGAUCAAACAGCUUGGCUGAGACGCAACUAAAAUGUAUGGCGGAAUCAUACAGGUCACUUGAAACACGUGCUAAGGAGUUUGAAACUGAGCUUAAUCAUCUGCGAAUAAAGACAGAAACUCUAGAAAAUGAGCUUACAGAUGAAAAGAGGGCUCAUGAAGCAGCUUUGGCCAAGUACAAGGAGCUAGAAGAACAACUACAAAGGAAUGAGAGCUCGGCUGCUAAUGACGAUAAGACUAAGCAGGUAAAGCUGUAAAUUCAUUCAUUUGAAAGAGACUUGGCAGCUGCUGCUGAAAAGCUAGCUGAGUGUCAGGAAACCAUCUUUCUUCUUGGCAAGCAGUUAAAAGCUCUUCAUCCUCAAACAGAGGCAAUGGCAUCUCCGUAUUCAAAGGUUGAAGGCUUCACAGAGCGUGAACCUUCUACCAAUAGCCCAACUUUGCAAGAUCAGGCAGAGAUGGACAGUGCUACUUCUACUUUUAUGCAAAGACUGGGUGGAGAAUCCCCCUUGCAUUUUACUAACAGCUUAUACAGUCCAUCAGAUAAUGAGUCAAACUUUCCAGCCAUAUCUUCUGUACAGCAUUCAAACCACAGGCCCACGAAAUCAACCUCUUCCUCAGCUUCCUCUACUUCGACCCCAGAGAAACAUGCCCGAGGUUUUAGUAGAUUCUUUUCAGCAAAAGGAAAAACCGGUCAUUGAGCUUGUAGCUUGCAGGACCCAUGAGAAAUGAGAUUUCAUGGUUUAGGGGACCACGUGGUAGAGGCAUUUGAAAACCAUCAAGGUUCAGUCCCCUGCAUGAUUUAACAGAAUUGAGUUUUGGGAACGUUUGUGUAGUUAAAAAGAUAGGAUGCCAUGAAUAUCGAGUGAUUCUUGUAUCUAAUGGUUGUACAUCGUAACCAUAUGUUUUCUUCUUUUCCUUUUCUUUGUUUUAUUCCCUCUGUUCUGUAAUUUAAUUAGCAAACAUUGACAUAGCAUAUGAACUAUUACAGGAUAUGUUGAAUAUGUUGUAUUUCACAAAUUUAUGCAUACCUUGAUUCUUUACCAACGACUAUGGAUAAGAGGUUUUUCAGGUGAUAACCAGU